AGCUUCUCGGGAGGCUUUUUAGUCAUCUGACAGGAAGAGAGAGAGAGAGAGAAGAAAAUGAGAGCAUGCAGAAGGCAAGAAGGACAGCGAGAGACCAAAGGAAGGAGAUCUUCCACUGAAGACGACACAAGGGACGAUAAUGUCACCCUUCUCAGGUCGACAAUGGUGAAGAUGGAGGCGUCACGGCCCUAUUUGGUCUUGGCGGCCGUCUUUUCUCUUCAUGCUUUGGACUGUGAAAACGUGCAAGGGCUCACCUGUGUGAAUGACUUCAUCAACAAUGUCACAUGUACGCUCGACGGUCCUUCCGUGGAAAAUUGCAUUAUCUACGGUUACAAGAAAAUACGAUUCAGAAAAGAUGGAAGGACACAAUCAAGAAUAAUCCGUCGGAGCUGCGAGGUAAAACAACAACGUAACGCGCUUCCAGGAUGCGAUUUUGUCUUUGAAAACCGAAACUUUGCCCACUUUGAGCAGAUGCCCAACAUUAGCUUGAAAUGUAACGGUACGCUGGUGGAACACCUCCAAAACUACAAACCCCAAAAUCACAUCAAAAUGCACCCCCCAGGCCUCCCUAAUGUCAGCCUCACAGACAAAGAGAUUGUGAUAGAUUGGCGUCCAGGAGGCCCCCGCUCCGAGCUCCUGAAAGCGUUUGAGUACCAAGUUCAGAUCCAAAAGAGUGACCCCAUGACAAAGGAUGUGAAGAUAAUUACCACCAACAAAGCACAAUUUCGGAUCGCUGCUGUGAUGCUGAAAGACAAGCACCAGGUUCGUGUAAAAGUCAAGCCAGCACAAAAAGAGCAGAGCCAGUGGAGUGAAUGGAGUCCAAGUGCAUCCUUGGUGGGGCCACCAUCGCAAAAUCCGGAAUGGAAUCUGUCUCAAAUGUUGAUCAUCGUGGCUGUUUUGACCAUCUUGGUUGUCAUGAUUGUCAUGACGCUGGUGUUUUACAAAUGUAGCAUCGGUAUGAGAGUUGCCAAAGUAAAGCCAGUUCCAAAUCCUUCUAAGUACUUCCAAACUCUCGACGGGAGCAAACUAAAGGAAUGGCUGAAUCCGAAUUGCGCUGAAUCUUUACACACUGCCCAGUGGGUAGACCGCAUUUCUCCAGUGGAGGUGUGUGAAAGCCAACUCGGGUCCAAUAGCGCCCCGCAACCUCCAAGCGACACUCAAGCGUCGGCGUCCUCGGAUGACAACAGGCUUGUGGAAAAUUCAUCCUCCUCUUCCUCGUGUUUCUCUAACCUGGGUUACUUUGUAUCCGAAUCUUCCAGCAGCUCCGUUCAAACUGAGCCCAAUCCUGUUUACUUUGCGUAUAAAGACGAUUUGCACAUUCUGCACAAGGCCCAUCAUCCAAAACCUCACCUCUUCCUGCAACCUUCUUUGUCCAAGUCUCCCAGCUGCGACAGGUUGAAGAGAGGGACACAAAGCCCCGACUCGGGCUUUUGCAUGGAAAGGGACCUUCUGGACGUCGAGGAAGAUCAAGAGAAUUUAAAUGGGGAACAGGGUUCGGGUCAUCGUAGCUCUUCACACCUAAGCCUCCAUCUUCCGGUGAAGAGAAGUAGCCCCUCCACUCCGUCUCGGAUCUCCUCAGAUAGCGCUCAGAUGGAUACACCUGUUCUCGCGGCCAACGUUAGCGCCACAGGCUGGCCCGUCGCUUGCUCAACGUACCGACCUUCCUCGAUGCCGAUGGAGUCGAGCAAAGCGGGUUAUUUUAUCCUGCAGGAGAUACAAACCACUUCCAGCCACGCGUCCAUCUGAGAUGGAUCCAUUUUUAUUUUUAACUUUUGCUGCUGAAAAUCUUGAUCAACCUCUGUCAUCACUCGCUUGUAUAGGGCCAAAUAAAUGACGGUAAUUAUGA